ACAUUGACAGUAAAGUCGGACGUGUAUCUAACUGGCAGCUAAACAGGAAGUGUUCUACCAAACAGCUGCAACAUGAAUGAAUCAUAUGUACCAUCGCUUGAUCGCAACUUGUUAGUCUGAGACGAUUUACCGAUGAAUUUAAAAGAUGUCAUCAACAACGUUAUACUUAGAAAGUCAUCAACAGUAUCCCGUGAUGGAUGAUGAGACGGGCACCAUGUCCAUCGACCACGGAGGAGAGUGGGACAUUAGCUUGUUUGAUGAGCUGGACGACCUGGGAGAUGCAGAUGAGCUGUUUCAGGCCCUGCUGCAUGCUGGCUGUGCUAGUGGGGGUCCAGACCUGGACUUCGAUAUCGACAUACCGUUGUGGAGUGAAGUGGACACAAACAGCACCUGCACAGAUGGUGAGGUGAGUGUGGACUCUCUGUCACCUGCGCACACUCUGAGCUCUGUCCCCUCUCCUUCCUCUGUGGAAGCCCUGUCCCCAUACUUCUUACAAGACGAGGCCCUGUCUCCACAAUCGCUGCCCUCUCCUGUUUCAGUCUGCUCAGAGUCCAGCGGCCUUUCUGUAAUCUCUCCCCCAGCUAAGAAAGCUCCAAAGAGGACCAACCAGAACGCCCGAGCCAGACAAGCUCAGCCUGUCAAGAGGCCGAUUCAGAUUGGCCCGAAGGUUUCCAUCCAACCGAAACCGCUGAUUACAGCUGUGCCCCUGGCUCAUGCAGCAGCCCCCCUGCAGACCAAGACGAUCAUCAUCCAACCCCUGCAGACCGCUGCGCUGUCUGCGGUCAAACAAGCUCCAAUCAACAUCCAACCAGCGCCCCCUCUAGGACGUCCCAUAGUGCUGUCUCAGCCCAGCCAGGUGUUGCACAUCCAGGCACCACAGACUGUCACUGCCAAUGUGGUCACCAUGCCAAUGCUCAGCCAGGACAGGACCGUCCCUGUCGCUGCUCCUCCAGCGUACUCUGUCACGCUGCGAGCCCCGUCCUCCGAUGAUGACUCGAAGGUGGGCCAGAGGCAGCAGCGCAUGAUAAAGAACCGCGAGUCGGCAUCCCUCUCUCGGAAAAAGAAGAAAGACUACCUGCUCUCGCUGGAGGCUCGCCUGAACGUGGCGUUGUCUGAGAACGAGUUGCUCAAGAGUGAGAAUGGCAACCUCAAGAGGCAGCUGGAGGGCCUGCUGUGUGAGAACACGGUGCUGAAGGUAACCGCCCCCAAGAGGAGAGCCGUGUGUCUCAUGGUGGUGUUGAUGUUCGUCAUGCUCAACGUCGGACCAAUGAGUCUGUUUCAGGGUGGCCCGGCCUCCAAGUUCGGAGUGAUCUCCACGCAGCAAGGCGGCAGACACCUGUUGGGUUUCUCUUCCGAGGCAGAAACUGAGGUUGUGAUGGGCCCCGAUCCCCUCGACAGUGGCCCCUCUGAGAUGGCCGACAGCUUUGAGGAUAAAGCACUGAUGGUGUUGAAGGAUCCCAUCUUCCUCAGACCACCUCCCCCCUGCCAGCCUCCUGUUAACCGGACAAAGUGCUUAGAGUUGGCCCAUGAGUUGAGGGGUUGGAUCCACCGUCAUGAAGUACACCAGACCAAAUCCCGGCGCAUGAGUAACGGCAAUCACAAACCCACCAGGACCAUUCUGAAAGCAGAGAAUAAGGAGGGUGCCCAGAUUGCGACGGUCCAAUACACAGAAACUACUGAGGAAAAGAAUCCAGGCAGUGAGCUGCAGGUAUACUACGCACCUCAUCACACCUACAGUGACUUCUUUGAUGAGCUCAAUCGUCGUGGUGACACUUUCUAUGUAGUGUCUUUCCGCAGGGAUCAUCUUCUACUUCCUGCCACCAGCCACAACAAAGGAAGUCGACCCAAGAUGUCUGUGGUGUUGCCAGCCAUGAACAUAAACGACAGCAUCAUACGGGACAAAGACUACGAGGUGAUGAUGCAGAUUGACUGCGAAGUGACAGACACCAGGAUCAUCCACAUCAGGUCUUCCACCAUCCCACCACUGCUCCGGGUCAACCGCACACAGACGUUUUACCAGCACUCAUCGACCGACAGCCAGGCCGCGCCUCCAGUCGGCGUGCUAAUGGGGUCUGCUUAAGAUCGCUCUACACCACCUGUUAUUGUUUAUAACUCCUCAACUAAAUCCAUGAAGACAAACAAAAGAUAAGAACCCAGUUGACCCUUUUUUUUUUAUAUUGUGCGUGUGAUGAAGUAUAUUUCAAACCUGGUGAACUCCCACUGACUUGAUUUAUAUUGAAGUGAAAUAAAAAUUGUCAGCACUAGUCGGCUGCAUUCUUUAUUAGGGCUGAUAUCCGGAGGGAGUGUGUAAUAGGGUCCGAGCCGACGCCUGCUCCUUGUGUGGCAACACUGACUUCCCCCCGUAACCCCAGAUGACCCACAUAAGGGUAAUUGCUUAACGGCAGGGAGCUGAGCAUUGAACCCUGAGUCACCCCGUCAUAGCACAAAUACUUUCGCCCCAUAGCGGCUCUCCUCCAGCCUGCUCUGUCUGCUUUUUGGAUUCUGAAUUUUCAGCAACAGAAAAUAAUUAUGCACAGAAGAUUGAUCUCACUGGGAAGGCAUUUUGUGUUUGUAUCGUGGUUACAAAAUGGAGCGCUGUAAUGCUCUCUCUUACUCAUUUGUAGUCUGUUGGCGUCUGUAGAUAAAAUAUAAUUGUGAAAACAGUGAAACAGUAGGAGAUGCCAGAUUAAUUAGACGCAUUCAGUAAACUCAGGAAGUCAGGUGAUCUGUGAAAGCUAGCAGAAUAACCACUAUGUUUGUUGGCUGCUUUCCAUUCAUUCAAGGAUUCAGGUGCUCUGUUUUUUCCAGUUUUGGCGUCUUUGCACUGUGCUUCUCUAUGUUAUUGAACAGAUUCAGAUACUGUACAUAUUUAUUUCUAUUGUCGUGUAACAGUAAAGCCGACUCCUGUGGGGAGAUGUAAUUCUCCCUUUUUUCGUGGUUAAAAUUUAUUCUGUCAAGAUUUAUUGACUUUACAUUUUCUCUCUCUGUCUGAUUACACUUUGUGGGAACUUUUUAUUCUAGUCGCUUCAGAAAACAAAAUGACUGCAUUGUAUAUAAAAUGACAAAUGGUGGAUUGGAAGGAAAUGUACCAUAAAUGUUAGAACUAUAGGGUGUUUUUCACUGGGUAGCCACCCUUUUUUCUUUAUCCCCCAAAAAAUUAUCUGCAUCAAAUUUGAAACCCAAUGCCUUUACAGUUGAGCUAAAAAUGGCAAUGUUUGACUUAUAACCACUGGGGAAAAACAUAGUUUGAGUCCAGAUGUCUCCGUCCAUGGGCAAAAUUGCACUUUUAUUUGGUUCACUUGAGCCUAUAAUUGAAAUUGCAACCUACUAGGAACUGUUGCAUUAUCAGAGGUUUAGUACUAAUUAGUUGUAAAGAUUUGCACAAUAAAUGCAGAACCUGGGAAGAUCAAUUCUGUCUUUUACUGCCUCUUAUUAAUGUUUUUGCAAAUUGUAUAUUAUAUAAGAUUUUUAGCUACAUGAUGGUUAUGUUUUAGCUCAACAAAUGCCCAUAAAAAGAUGCUCUUUGCGUGUGUUUUCUUGAGCCAGGCCAUCUGUGUGUCUGUGUUUAAUUUGUUUUCCUUUUUGGUUUCAAACAUAUUUGAUUCACCGUAUUGUUUCAUUGCAUCCAAACAGUACAAUUAAAAAUGUGUGAGGGUUUUGUUUUUUUGUAUUCUAUUAUGUGCAUAAACCAAAAUAAACACUGGAUUUUACAAUACCUUCGGGCCAUUGAGGGGAAUAUUUUCAACAAGUACAAUAGAAAGACUAUUCCGGAGUAUUUUCUUCCACAAUAACUCAAUUUAGUAACUGUAAACUACAGGCUUGGACAAUCGUUGUCUCUGUUUGUAUUUAUGUUUUUUCUUUCCGUCCUUUUUUCUGCCCGAUUGUCUUCUAUCCUCACAGUUAAAUCAACACACACAAGCUAUAGUUAAAGCCACUUUGACUUCAAUGUGAUUAUCCAAACAAAGAGGACAUUUUCUGUUAGUAUUUACCAACUUUAUUGCAGUCUCUUCAGAAACAGUCUGAUAUGGAGGGGGGUAAGUGCUUUCCCAAGACAAAGGUCAACAGCAACACCUGUGAUAUUACGACACAGACGACCCGCGGCAUAUGAUGCAAAAAACAAUGAAAUACAAAAAUCACGUGUAUAAAACAAACAUGGAAUUUCUCCACAUAAUUUGGGGAUUUGUUCAAAGAGAAGAAUUAGUUAGUUUAUGUGAAUUGCUAAAGCGUUAUUUGACCCAAGACGUGAGCUGGUUCUGACACCUUUCUACAUUCAUUUAUCUCACAGGGCUUUUUUAUUUUUAUUUUUUUACAGUAAUACAAUAUACAGUUCAACUUGAUGUGUUGACUGAGGAAUCGGGCCCAUCGUUUAAUUCAUUUCAGUUAAAAAACAAAACAAAGAACAAAUUAACAAAACAAUUUUGUCUCAAUACACUUCAGUAUAUUUGUACAUUUGGCCCUCAUUUGUCUCCUUACUGAAGGCCAUGUGGACUGAUCUACAAUCCAUUCAAACCAUACAAUUAACUUUUUAAAAUAACUACUGUCAGCCCUUUACUAGGGGUCUACAUAGGCAAACUUAAUGUUGUAUGUGACUUGGUGCCCGUUGUCCCACGCAUACAAAACACCCUCUUUGGGAUUGUAGUCAAUCUGCGUGGUGUAGGUGUAGUUGUUGGUGAAGGGCAUUCUGGGAGUCAUCUGAGUGUUUGUGUGCGUGUCGAAGGCGUAUUCCAGUUUGGCGUCCCUUUGGUUGUAGCUGUCAACAGCGUAAAGGACGCCGCACACGAUGAAGCAGUUCCCGUAGUGGUUCCUCCUGAGCCCGGUUCUCCAGGUGGUCUCCCUCUGCAUGCUGAGGUCUGAGGGGUCCAGUCGACUCAGAACGACCACCUCCUGUAAGAAGCCCUCAUCGUCAAGUGCCGGGUAGAAGAUCCACAGACCGCUCUCGUCCACGGCAAAGUUGACUUCUGAGUGGCGGUGCCACUCCCACGGCGACGACGACUCUUCCACCAGAGCAUCGUGCAGCAUGGUCCAGGCGGCCACGUAACGUCGCCGCAGGUCAAACUUGAUGAUGUCUCGGGAGAGGGCGCGGUUGUAGUAGAAAGCCCCGCCGUAGACCACGUGCCCUGUGCCAAUCCAGUUGUAAGGAAGCUUGUAUGAGUUGGUAAACCGGCCUAGAAAGGAUAAA